GUCGGGAGGGUGAGCGUCGCGCGCGACAGAAGUUUCUGGCGCGAAUGGAGAACCAAGAGUUUCUAGGUUCAUCUGCGCCGUCCGAGGUGACCGAUGGGCAGGUCUCAACAGAAAUAUCCACUUGCUCCGAAGUCUUCCAGAAGCCCAUUGUGCUCAGGAUUCUCGACACUCACAGAGAGCUUGGGGAGUCCGAGGAUCCCGAGAAACACGAGAAUCCCGAGGAACCCGAAGAGGUCAGGGAGCAAGACCAGCGAGACGAGUCCGAGGAAUGUGAUGAGCCUCACGAGUCCUAUGAGCCCCACGCUCCCUAUGCGCCCCACAAGCCCCGGGACUCCUAUGCACCUUACGAACUCCAUGGGCCCCAUGCAGCCCCCAAACUCCUCAAGGCCCGUGAACCCCGCCAGCUCCGCCACACCCGUGAGCCCCGCAAGUCCCGCAAGGCCAAGGAAACCGAGUUGCUUCCCAGCGCUGCAGUAAUGAUCUCCCCAUCUCUGAUCACCAGAGCCCCGCCACGGCCUCAGCUGUCUUUCCUGGGUGCAAAUCCUGUUUCCUGUGACUUUGUAAGGAAAUGUUUUUCUAGGAAGAGAACCUCAAAUCUUUCAAAGCCUAAAAAGCAAUGGGGAACUCCAGACAGAAAACUGUUUUGGGGAAAUCAAGAUCCUAUUCGCCCUGUUUCCCAGGGUGCUUUGAAGGCUCAGCUGACCAAAAGACUUGAGAACCUUGCCCAGCCCAAGGAAGUUUCCUGCCACUAUGUACCUAACAGGGCACAAUAUCACUAUAGCUGUGGAAGAGAGUCUGUAAUUUGGAAGAUCACUCCUCCUGCAUUGUUUAGACAACCCUCCAAAAGGAUCCAGAGGCUCUCACAGCCCAAUGGAUUCAAAAGACAGUGUCUACUAAAUAGACCCUUCAGUGAUAACUCAGCAAAAGAUUCUCUUCGAAUCUCUGAUCCUUCUCCCCGGAUAUUACAACUCUCAGUAGCCAAAGGCACAGACCCAAACUAUCAUCCUUCAAAAAAAAUGCAAACCAAGAUUUCCCUUUCUACCCUGAGCGCGAUUGCAACUCCAAGAAUUGUAGAGCUUGCCCACCCAAGGAUCAAGUUAGAGGGUGUGUGCUAUGAAAGACAAAGAAGUGAACUGCCCAUCCGUCCUGUAACUCCUGCUGCCAUGAUAGCUAAACCUAGCCCCCGAACAAUAGCUCUAGCGAAGUCCAAGUCUGUUCAUCAAGAUUAUCUACCUGACCGUGAUGCCCACUGGCCAGUAUCUUACACUGCUACUCAUUCCAAAGCAUCGCCCAGGAUUCAGGAACUAGCUAAUCCAAAUAAGAGGGCUCCUGUGCGUAUUGUGUAUUAUGAUCCAGAUGUCUUUAAAGUCAAGCCAGCUUCUUUGAAAGCACAGUGUUCUCAAAGGAUCCGGGAGCUGUCACAACCUCUUACACGUUAAAUACAGAAAGCCACAACAGUCAGACCCUGGUUAUGUAUCUAGAACACAAAUUAGAUGACUUAGUUCCCUGUUGUGGUACUGUCAGUUUACAUUCACCCCUUGCUUCCCCUCCCACAAAAUGAGACCUUUAGGGAAAACCACCAUGAUCAUUAAAUAGCAAUUGUUGCUGUUACCUGUCGCUGAAUCUUUAGCAGAUUUGAGGACUCCAGCAUGCAAUACAUGAGAAAAUGAGAGACUGCCUUAUUAUCCUUACUGUUCCCUUACAAGCAUCUUCGCUGCCUCAUUGCUGUAGCUGACCUGAAGAAACACUCUUCCUUAUAUUUGUGGGUUUUGCUUUUCCUUUCCCAGUGAGUUCCAUGUUCCCCAAUAGCUGAUCCUGCCUCAGUCCCUUCUCCAAGUCGCUUACUAUGAAUGAGAGAAAAAGCAAGAUGUUUGAGGGGUAAUACCACAUAGUAGUUUUGAACUUGAGUUUUGGAAUCAGAUAGAACCUGAGUUUGUCUCUGUCAUGGAUUGUUUACCAGGUAUGUGAUCUUAAACAAACUUCCUAACUCCCUGUGCCGCAGUUUCUUUAUGUAGA